AUGGCUGUUUUUGCGGGUGCGUCUGAGCUUGUAAAUCGCGAAAAGUGUGAAAACACAAUGGAAACCAGCGGCGUUAGUUUAAUGAUAAUGUACGAGGACGAGUCCGUGGAUGUCCGGUACAGAAACGGCUCGCAGCUGCAGCUGUCGCCGUGUGGCUGCGAGUUUUUCCUGGUCAGAGCCGCAGACCCCCACGGACAUCCUCUGCAGCCCGCGGCCAGAGUCCGGCAGAGGACCAGGUUCACUGUCAGCACCUAUAAGGAGCUGAUGGUGGAAGCUCUGGCUUUCAGGAAUAAGUAUGCCAGUCGGCCAUAUCUGCCCCAGGAACUCAUCCCCUCUGACAAAAUGAAGCCGUUUUUCAGCAUGGACCCUGGUGUCCAGUGGCCUGAGCUGUCCUCCUGCGAGGCCGAACUUGGACCCGGGGGCGAGACAGUGGUCAGGUCCGAGAAUGAGAGGGCCGUGUUCAUGCUGUCGCCCUCGGGUGAAGAAUUCAGUGUGGAGUUCACGUGCAGCCUGAGUCAGCCUCCAAAUCAGCAGCGUUUGAGCAGCGAUCCCAGCGGUCAGCAACAGCCUGAAAAGAAGUAUCAGUCCACCACAGUGGUCCAGCACCAUUCCUGCCACGCUGCUGCCCACAUGUGGGCCUACCCUCUCUCCUUGGCUCAGCACCACCAGACAUCUCAUCACUCUAUAAAUAAAGAGGUUGAAAAAAACCAAACAGGCAUCUCCAGUCAGGCAGAUGUGAGAGCAAACAUGGCAGACGUAUCUUGCGUGGAAAGAAGGUUGCAACUUCCUCAAGCGUUACCUCUCACGUGUCCAUCUCCACACUGGCAUAGGUGGAAGUUUAAAGAUCCCCUGGCCAGAGAGGACAUAUCAGACCUUCCAACAGACCUUGUGAAGAUCAUUUGGUGUAAAGGAAUCAUCUACAGGAUACUGAAAGCGACAGCCCCGAUCAUUGAGAUAUCUCCAGGAGAUGGGUCAGUUAUCCGGUCUAAUGGUGCCCUUAAUUCUUAUUUUACCCAUUACAAGCCUAAGCUCCGGACAGAGCAGGUAAACGAGCUGUGUUACCAUGUAAACAGUCUCCCACCUGAUGUGCCCGGACAGGCGUAUUCUCUAUGCUCCGUAAUAAGUCGUGCUAGUAGGGUCCUUGCGUGCUACAACCAGGCUAAUCAGUUAAUGACGCUUCCUUCCACACCCACCUGCUUGCAAAAGGAGAAUAUUUUUUCUAAACCAGAACUGUUUCCAUCUAGUGCCAUGCCUGCAGAGCAACAUGUGCAUGUGACACAGACGGCAGAUUGCCGGUCAGAACUCGUUGCUUCAGAACUGAGCAAGAUAAAGCGAUUCAACUUUCUACUGGAGAACAACCACCUUCUUGGCAGUAAGAGCCAACAUGUAGAUUUGGAAACUUGUUCUGCAGUCACUAAUGAACCAAUAAAUGAGGACUCCAUAGCAGAAGCUCUUCAGAGAACCUCCAGGGCCAUUCAGGACAUCGAUGCGGUCAUAUCAGCAACCACGCUGACUUAA